GUGCGGAGAAGCAGGAUUGGGGGGAGCUCACGGGCUGGCGAAUGAUCGCGGCGGAAGUAAUGAAGGAUCUGGACAGCAGCGCGACGGCCGGCGAGACUCGGGGGAAGUCGAACGGGGGCGAGGGAGGCAGGCAGGAAGAGGAGAAGAAAUGCGAGCCGAAGAGGGACGGGAGGAGCGGAUGGGACGUCGCCAAGAACAGAAUACAGUCCGUCAUCGCAAAGUCGGGGUCCUGUUUCUACGUUGAUUUUCAGCUCCUCGACCACAUUGGGAGCGGAGCGUACGGAAGGGCUAUGAAAGCCCGACGGCGCUCGGACGGCCACCUGGUUGUCGUCAAGGAGGUGCUGAUUGGGAGGAUGAGCCAGAAGGAGAGGCUGGAAUGCAAGAACGAGGUGAAGGUGCUGGCGCACCUAAACCACCCGAACGUCGUCAAGUACUACGACUGUUACUCGGACAGCGGGAAGAUGCACAUCGUCAUGGAAUUCUGCGAGGUUAUCAUGAAUGAUCUGCCUGAUCCAUCUGAUGCAGUGCUGUGCCGGUCUUGGACGCAAAGCCUUGGCUGCUCAACUCUCGAACCGCAUCAGCGGUUCACACCAAGCUUGGUGCCAUCAAGGACUGCCGAUAAAGGUUUUGUCACUUAG